AACUCCAUUUCGAAGAGAGAGACCGAGGCAGAGAUCGAAGCAAAAUGGAGAAAGGGAAGGGAAGAAAGGAGGAGGUCGUUACCAGGGAGUACACUAUCAAUCUCCACAGGCGUCUCCAUAGCUGCACAUUCAAGAAGAAGGCACCCAAUGCCAUUAAAGAGAUCAGGAAGUUUGCAUUGAAAGCAAUGGGAACAAAGGAUGUUAGAGUUGAUGUUAAACUCAACAAGCAGAUAUGGAGCAAAGGUAUCCGAGGUCCUCCGAGGAGAAUCAGAGUCCGUGUUGCCCGUAAGAGGAACGAUGAUGAAGAUGCCAAGGAAGAGUUUUUCUCUCUCGUCACUGUCGCUGAGAUUCCAGCUGAAGGAUUGUCUGGUUUGGGUACUAAGGUCAUUGAAGAAGAGGAGUGAAAAUUGGUGAAUGUACUCAGUACUCACACAAUCCUUAUCUUUAGAUGAAAGACAAAACAGAAAAAGACUUUGCUUGUUUUGAUCACUUACCUAUUUUGGUCAUUUAUUAUUUCUUAUGUUCUAAGUUUAAUAGACAACAGAUUUGGUA